AUGUCUGCAUUCGACCCUUACAAACACCUUGGCAUCACUAAGAACCCCGACGGCACCAUCACACGCUCCUACAAAGUCCCAACGAUCGAUGCCAAGCCUGAGCCCUCACCGGGAAUCAAAGUGGUUUCCAAAGACAUAACCAUCGACAACGAAAAGAAAACCUGGGUUCGAAUUUUCCGACCCACGAAGCUCCCUUCCAAUGACAACACGGUGGCGCGGUUGCCCAUCGUCGUUUACUUCCACAAUGGCGGAUUUGUCUACCUCAGCCCGGACUACCCCUACAGCAUGCGUACAUGCGAGACCAUCGCCGAUGACAUCCCCGCUAUCGUCGUCGGCCCCUCUUUCCGCCUUGCGCCGGAGUUUCGUCUCCCGACACAGUACCACGACGCGAACAACGCCGUUUUGUGGAUUCGGCACCAGUUGAAUGACCCCAAUGGAGAACCAUGGUUAAGAGAUUAUGGGGACCCUUCCAGAUGCUACUUAUUUGGCUGCGAUUGUGGUGGCAAUAUCGCCUUCCACAUUGCCAUGCAGAUGGCUGACUUGGAUUUAAAGCCAUUAAGGAUUCGUGGAUUGAUCCUGAACCAACCCAUGUUUGGAGGGGAGAAGAGGACAGCAUCAGAGCUGAAGUUUGCAACAGAUCAAUUAUUACCUUUACCAGUGUUGGACUUGAUGUGGCAUUUGGCUUUGCCUACAGAAACAGAUCGUGACCAUAGGUAUUGCAACCCUAUGGUGAAGGGACCACACUUUGAGAAUGUUAAGAAGAUAGGGAGGUGUCUUGUUAUAGGGUAUAAUGGGGACAUCAUGGUGGAUCGACAACAAGAGUUUGUGACCAUGUUGGUCAAAUGUGGUGUGCAAGUGGAAGCACGUUUUGACGAAGUGGGGUUCCAUAGUAUUGACAUGGUGGAUGCUACUAGGGCUAGCGCAGUUAUAAAUAUUGCCAAGGACUUCAUUCUUGGUUGA